UAUCACCGCCAACUAGCUGAUAAGAGCUGAUAACGCGGAGUUUCGAGAGAGUCGGCGAGGCAGCCAUGUCCUCAUCAUAGCGUCUCAUCCCCAAGAGGCAGCGCAUGUGUCGGGUCCUGUACUGGCGAGUCACACAGGCCAGAGGUGUGCGUCAAGAAUAACCAGAGGACGCAAGAUCAGUCAGAGGUGUGCGUCAAGAAUAACCAGAGGACGCAAGAUCAGUCCGAGGUGUGCGUCAAGAAUAACCAGAGGACGCAAGAUCAGUCCGAGGUGUGCGUCAAGUAUAACCAGAGGACGCAAGAUCAGUCCGAGGUGUGCGUCAAGUAUAACCAGAGGACGCAAGAUCAUACGACGACAGAAGCACCUCAACACAACAAUGGAGGAGAUCCUUAUUCUCCAGAUGGGAGGAACCAUCGACAAGGACUACCCGAGGACGCGAGGCGGGUACGCCUUCGAGGUUGGGGAGCCGGCGGUGAGGCGGGUCCUCGCCAGACUCCGGCCCGCCAGGUCCAUCAUCACCAAGUACGACACAGUCUGCAGGAAGGACAGCCUCGACAUCACCGACGACGACAGAGAGGCGCUUGUGGAGCGAGUGAGCGGGGCAGCUCAGAGCAAGGUGGUGGUGACCCAUGGCACUGACUCGCUCCUUCAGACCUCCACUUUCCUAGCCAACAGCCUCAGGCAGCUUGGACUUUCUACCAAGACGGUCGUGUUCACUGGAGCCCACACUCCUGAGAAGUUCAGAGACACCGACGCAGACUUCAACGUUGGAGUGGCCCUGGGCGGAGUACAGGCCGCCGCCCCUGGCGUCUGGGUAGCCAUGAACGGCAUCCUACUCCCGUGGGACCGUGUAGAGAGGGACGACACCGGCCAGUUCGUUCCGCGCCGUAGACAGCUCCCAGUUACUGUCUAACUUUUCACUACUCCCAUGACGAAUUCUAGUCUCAUACCAUGUAGGGGUUAUAUAUCUGGAGGGGUUCUGUCCACCAGGUUUUUGACAGGGCUGCUCUUGACAGCGUCCUCUCUUUUUAUCUACUGUUAGUAGAUUGAAAUUUCCGAAUUGUUAUAUAAAAGUCUCUCAAUUGACUGUCAAAUGCGCGCAACUGUCAAACAUUCGACUGUAACUUUUAGACAAAAUUCAGUUUCGUUACGUCUAAUUUCUUGACAAAGGCUGCUCUAAGUGCACAACUAUCCGUUAUAAAACAGUCACUGACUGUGUGUAGGAACAUGUAGUGCUCGAGUGGUUCUCCCAGUGACAGACAGCUAACCAAUACUAAAAUGUUCUGAAGUGCGAAGACCAUCGCAGAUUUUCCUUAGAUGUACAUAAAUAUUUUAUUUAAACCACUCCAGUAAUAUUUUACUUUGUGUUCUAAAUCAAAACACGAUUUGGUUAGUAUACACACACGUCAAGUCCAGUUUCAGGUGUUCGAAUACACACACACACACGUCAAGUCCAGUUUCAGGUGUUGGUACACACACACACACACACACACACACACACAUCAAGUCCAGUUUCUGGUGUUAGUACACACACACACGUCAAGUCCAGUUUCAGGUGUUAGUACACACACACACACGUCAAGUCCAGUUUCAGGUGUUAGUACACACACACUCAUACGUCAAGUCCAGUUUCUGGUGUUCGAAUACACACACGUCAAGUCCAGUUUCUGGUGUUGGUACACACACACACACACACACACACACACACACACACACACACACACACACACACACACACACACACACACACACACACACACACACAC